AUGGAGAGAGUCUAUGAAGAAGAAGAUGAAGGUGAUGGUGAUGAUGAUGAGGGAUUUUCGAGCAAUUUUCAUCUAUCAUGUUGGAGAUAUACCAAGUCGAGCUCUAUGUGCUACUUCGAAAAGUGGAGAAAGUCCAUGAAGAAGAAGAUGGAGGUGGUGGUGGUGAUGAUGAAGGAUUUUGAGAGCGAUUUCAUUGAUCAUGUUGGAGAUAUACCAAGUCGAGCUCCUAACGGCAAUUAUAAGCAACACCUAACACCAAUUAAUGUGGCUUUGAAUGAGAAGGUCGAGAAAAUCAAAUAA